UAAAUUGUAAAAUAAUGUUUUAGUUUAAAAAAAGUAAUGUUUAUUAAUUGAGUCGUAUUUACUCACAAUAAUAAAGAACUUAGUUUUUGUGAAAUUGUGCAGUUCCUGCAAGGCUUGCUAAAAUGUAAAAAAACAAGUUAUCCGUUUUUUUUGCAGAAUUCAUGAAGUAUAACCUAUAAUAAUUGUUAUGUUAAUUAUACGUGGCAUUUUAAAUGUCAAUACAUUACUUUCCCUCGGAGGAUUUGUACUGUGUCUCAUGCUAAUGUUACAGUUUAAGCAGAUUUACAAUAAUCACGAGAAAAAUAAUCGACUUCAAGGUUAUAAGCAAUUUAUGCACGAGAUAUCUGAAGAAUUAAGUGAAAUUGAAAAGUCUGCCAAUAAAUCUUCAACUUACAUACACCAACUUAACGAGGCAAUUUUCAAACAGCGGGAAAGGAAAGUUAAGAAUAUUACACAGUCUCAUUUGGGAAAUUUUUGAAAAAUCGUCGUAACUAUGGCGAAAAAGAUUAUUUGCCUUUUCGAUGUCGAUGGAACUCUUACAACACCUCAACAGGUAAUUAAGCCUAGUGUUGAUAAAUUCUUGCAAGAGUCAGUGAAAAAAAUGUUCGACAUCGCUGUUAUUGGUGGUUCUGAUCUUAACAAAAUUAAGAAACAAUUAGGUGGCGAGGAGAUUUUCAAGAAAUAUAAAUAUAUUUUUUCUGAAAAUGGAUUAGUGUCUUUCAGAGAUGGCAAACAAUUGUCAUCAGAAUCCAUCCAAAGUAAGAUUGGAGAAGAGGUUCUACAGGAUUUUAUAAAUUUUGCUUUGAAAUAUAUUUCCGAAUUGAAGUUGCCAUUUAAGCGAGGAACAUUUGUGGAAUUUAGAACGGGGAUGUUAAAUAUUUCUCCUGUUGGAAGAAAUUGUUCACACGAAGAGCGCCUUCAAUUCUAUGAAUAUGAUAACGAACAUCAAAUUCGCCAAAAAUUCAUUCAAGCCUUGAAAAAAGAAUUUCCAGAUUUAGCAUUGACGUACAGUAUUGGUGGACAAAUCUCAUUUGAUGUCUUUCCUAAUGGAUGGGACAAAACCUAUUGCCUAAAGCAUAUUGAGGGUUACGACGAAAUACACUUUUUCGGAGAUAAAGUGAGAGAAGGUGGAAACGAUUAUGAAAUUUAUGAAAGUGAUCUUACAAUAGGACAUCGCGUGACCGGUCCCGAAGAUUCGGUUAAUCAAUUAAAAGUUCUGCAAAUUUUGGUGCAAGACACUCAAAACAAAGAGUGUCCAAACGCACCAAUGCACUGCGUUUAAUUUGUAUAUUCUAGAGAGUAUUUUUCUCUAAAUUCAAUUUUUAUGUAAAUAGUGUUGAUUUAUUUAUAGUCUAAAUAUACCUCAAAUGAAAUGAAUAAAACCAAAUUAAAGUAA